AUGCAUCUGCUCUUGGAUCCAUUAUUCUUUUACCUUCCUGUGGCUGUGAUCAAUCAAAACAAGUUGUGCACUAGGGUUGACGGUAGAUUGUGGAAAACAACUAUCGUUUUGCGAACUUUCUUUGAUAUCAUUCACCUACUGCAUAUUAUAUUGCAAUUUCGCACUGGUUUUAUUGACGAGGAACUUCGGAAACUGGCAAAACCUGAGUUAAAUACAGAUGCUUGGAAAAUAGCUCGGAAAUAUUUGUGGCCUCGGUUCAUACUCGACAUUCUAACUAUUCUUCCCAUCCCACAGGUGGUAGUUCGAAUUAUUAUUUCAGAAAUGAGAAGUACAGAAUCUACACAUAAAGUAAAAUUCCUGAACGCUGUUGUUCUCUUCCAAUAUGUGCCAAGAGUUUAUCAAAUCUACCUAUCCUGGAGGAAACUAAUAACAAAUGACAAGAAAUUUGAUAGAAUCUUACGGGUCAAAGCUCCAUUGAAUUUCAUUCUAUACAUCCUUGCUGGACAUGUAUUGGGAGCGUUUUGGUAUUUUUUCUCUAUUCAACGACUAGCAGCUUGCUGGCAGCGGAAGGGAGGGUGUGAUCAAAAUCGUAUUGGAUGUUAUGGAACUUCUUUUUACUGUGAUCGCAGUUCUGGAGAUCUCUCUUUUAUAAAUGAUAUUUGCCGAAAAUAUGUCCUAAAUACAACGUCGGCCUUUGACUUUGGAAUAUUUCUUCCAGCCCUUCAGUCCGGUGUCUUAGAAUCGCCAGAUUUUCCACAAAAAUUAUUUUUCAGUUUCUGGUGGGGCAUGCGAAAUCUGAGUUCUCUUGGUCAAAACCUCCAAACAAGUAACUAUAUAUGGGAAAAUUGCUUUGCACUUUCUAUUUCCAUCUUUGGCUUGAUUCUAUUUCUAUAUUUCUUGGGAAAUUUGCAGAUGUACAUGCAGUGGACAACAUCAAAAUCCAAAAAAAAAGGGGAUAAGAUACGCAUGAAGAUGAGGUCAAGUCAACGACAAAAACAACAUAAGGGCAUGAUAUCAUGGAUUUCCCAAAAGAAAUUUGAUAGUACAGAAAAAAGCCUGAUUAUGGAAAACAUAAAUCAGAGAUAUGAAGAAGGCGAAGACGUUAAUGUGGAGAACCUGGUCCCCGAUCUUCCAAAGGAUCUUCAAACCAAAGUUAAGCGCCAUAUCUGCUUACAGAUACUAAAGAAUCUAAAAAUCAUGAAAGAUAAUGGCUUGGAUAAGCGUACGCAACUGUUGCAUAAGAUUUGCGACUCUCUCCAGUUAAAGUUCUACAAUGAGCAUUGCUACAUUGUCAAGGAGGGAGACCCUAUUGAUGCAUUAUUCUUGAUUACAAAUGGCAUUGUAUGGACUUAUUCAAGCAAUAAUGGUGAAGGAUCUGACUCUCGACAUGCUGAGCGUCUUGAAAAAGGUCAGCACUUUGGAGAAAAACUUCUUGAAUGGGUUUUGAAACCUACCUCCGACGACAUGCGCAACCUAUCCAUACUUCCUGUUUCUUCAAAAACCCUCAAAACCCACACAAAAGUGGAAGCCUUCGCUCUAAUGGCCCACGACUUCAAAAAAAUAAUGGAGUCCAAGUUCUCACUAUUAGGACCCGAGGAAUUGCAAUCCAAGGCUGCAAUUCGUGUACAACGAAGUUGGCGCCAGCAUCGUGCAAAGACGUAUGAUGAUGUUGUUCUAGACAGGGCAGCUUCUCUUUGAAGAGCAGAGAUGAUUUUGAUAAAGACAAUGGAAACGGUGUCGUGUUGAAUCCCAUUUGUCAGGUGCACCGUAUCACUUAAAAUCCUGAGUUUGCAAUCAAGAGAAAAACGCUGUGUUUCAUUUAUUCAGUUAUUUUAGCUUUUGAUUUCUGUUUUUCGCACGUGUAAUAGGUGGUUAAGUUGUUAAGCCUGUUGUAACAGAAUCUCCACCUUUUUAGCUUAGCUUUCUCUCUCCUCUGUGACUAUAUAAACAGAGCUGGACUCAAUGAUUUAAUUAGCUAGCCAUUUUAUGCAAUAGUAGAAAUCUUUCUAU